AUGGUCGACACGGUGUAUCGCGCGGAACCAAGCGCCAAACUGCCGCAGCGGCACCUGGUCUUUCCGGAUCCCAUCGCCUUCAAGUUUCUCGAAAACGACCCGUGCGUGGAAGUCAUACACCGACGAAGCGUCCUCCGCGGCUAUGACCUCUAUCUCGUCGAGCAGUGGGCCUGCUCGCGACGGCCCCCAACGCUGGUGAUUGCUACCUACACCGGCAACGAAAAGGAUUCCAUCGUCGUCGGGGUGCUGGCCGUGCCGGCAGACGAGAGCUUAUUGUCCGAGGAGGUCCGACUGUAUCUGAAAAAGACGGAACAGAACCAUGCGCGACCGAAGAAUACCGAGCUGGGAGAGCUCAUGGUCACGAAUCUCAGCAGUUUCCCGUCCUCACUCACCGUCAUUGCAGUGCCCGAGGGCGAUCUCCGACAAUACCGAAACCUAUUCAUUGUCAACGAGGACUUAAAGCGUUUAGGAUGCUCUGGUCGAUCUGGCCUCACGCUUACGGAACCCACGGAGGCGACUCAGUCCAAGUUCCAGCAGCUUUACCGAAUCAACGAUCGCGUUCCCUUGAAAGAGGCAGUGGUGGAACUUGUCAAACUAUGCCAGGUCGCCCUGUACAUGUUCGACAAGCUGGACCAUGCCUACAUUGACGGCCUGCUUUGCGACGUCACGGAAAGGGCCAUCAGCAACUGGUGGACCGAGGUUGGGGCUGAGCACUACAACUACGAGCCGACAGAUGGCAUCCUUGGACCGUCAACCGUUGCAGCUCUGCUGGGCAUGUUGAUGGGGGCGCGAAAUCGACUGCACUGGCAAGGCGCCCCCGUUCCAAAGGAUGUGUUCGACCUUGAGGGUACCAAGCGCGGGAUUUCCUAUUUCCAGAAGGCCGUGAAGCUGGAAAGGACACGCCGCUUGGACCAGCAGACGCUUUUUAAGCUGCACACAGCAACCACAAAGGCGGCGAUGAAGGAGGACUGGGGCGUGCAAAAGGCUAUCAAAUCGACAGUUACGGAAAUUGGGGGCAAACGAGGAGAGAUUGUCAUCGACAUGGUGUCUGGAAAAGACAAGGCUGGCCUUGCUGACAUCGAGACCGUAGACAUUGACAAGUUUGCCAGUUUGGUAUAUGGCGAGCGGCCAAGAUGGCUUUGGCAUGGCAAGCCGCGUCGGACACCGGUAGGCCAGGCCGAACAUGAUGACGAUCCAGGUCCGGUUUCCCCUCUACCAAAGGCGGAGGCAGCCAGUCAACCCGGAAAACGAACCCAUUCCUUGCCAGUAGAGGACGACCUGGAGAUGAAACGGAAAGACGAACUGCUCGCUCCUGAUACCGGAACCGCUAUACGCCCUACCAUGAGCAUGAUGGAGGGCCCAACAGAAAGAGAUGCUUUGCACAAGACUGUGUUUAAGAGCGUUGCCGGGAAAAUGAGCGACGCUCGGUCAGGCUUUGGACGCUUCAAGGAGGCAGUUGGCGCAAGAGGAAGAGGUCACGGCACACGCCUGUCCAUCUCAACAAAAGAGGAUGUCCUUGAAAACGGAAACGGCGCUGCCAACGGAUAUCAGAAUCCAAGCAUCCCGCCGAGCCCCGCUGCCGUGGUUAGCCGGGCGUUUACUUGGAACAGGAAGCCGGAGGAGUAUCUCUCCGCUAUCAGACGGGGAGACCCUGACGCUCUGCCUGGGCUUGCAGCGGUGUCCUCGCCUUCAUCAACUGCGGACCUCAAAGCAGCCAGGUUGUCCGAAUACGAGAGGAGGCCAAGAGAAUCAGACAGGUCUCUAGACAUUCUCAGCCCAGACAUGCUCAAGUUGUCCCAUCAGAGAACGACCUCGGCCGUGCCGUCGUCCAUUGCUGAGAGCGACGUUGAAGCGAUUUGUCCACACAUCAGGGAAAGGUCCAAUUUGCGGCAGCUGGCGCUGUCAAGACGUCACAGCUGUGACAUAGGACAGGUAUGCACGGCACGGGUGCUCAACGAAGACCGGUGGGCACGCCGCAUGUCCUUUGGCGACGCCGAAGAAGCCGUGUUAACAUGGGACGAACUCGUCGACCUCAUGGAUGAGACAGAGGACGAAGACGAUGCUGAAGCUCGAGCGGUCAACGCUCGCCAUCUCGCACAAUGUAUCGAAGGCAUCGUAUAUGGCAUCGAGCCCUGGGUCAAGGACAAGAUCAAGCUUCUACAGCUUCUUGACGACAAAUACGGCAGAGACAAGGUGGAAAUACAAAACCUGCACCAUCACUUCAGCGAGAUUUACCACCGAGUCAAGUACAACUCUGAUGGGAUGCUGGCCGAAGAACGCGCCAGCCUGACCGAGAGCGUCAAGGAAAUUGAGGUCCUCGUGGCACGACUCGAUUACGAGAUCAAUGCGUUGGUACAGAAAAUCAACGACGUGGAAGACGGCAUCCAAAACUUUGAGAGGCAGGUCGAAGACGUCGAGAGGCGGGCAGAAGAACUGAAAAAGCAGCUUGAAACGGAGAGUUGGCUGCAUUGGUUUGUGAGGACUCUGACCGGCGUGGGCACCGGCCCUCAUAUCACCCGGUCUGAAUCUCACAAUGGCUCGCACUAG